UUGAGGGUUUAUUCAACAAGUAUGAUCUUAAGUGUCAUACAAAUAUGAAUAUUGAAACCAAAAAAGCCAAAUUACGUCUUUCAGGUGUUAGACAAUUAUCUCUAUCUGACAAAGAUUUGGCAGGGUGUUAUGUGCAACAAAGUCUUGCAUUAAGAACAGCGAUUGUCGUCUUAUAG